UUUACAACACUCCGGAAACUGAGUGUAACACACAGAUGUGAUCACAGUGAAACCCUGCUCUUGGGUGUCUUUAGUUUCUCACAUUUUCAAGUACACUGUAUCUUACUAUUUUUUUCACAAGUCUGGGAAAUUAUUAUUAUUAUUAUUAUUGUUUUUAACAGGAUAACCAUAUCAUCUUUCUGCUACAAGCCUUUAAAAAUGUUUGCUCUGCUUUGCACGCAUCUGCCAUACUGUAUUUGUAGAGUGACAAAGGCGGAUCAAAGAGAGGCGUGGAAAAUCGAGAGGCAGAAAACAGGAGCAGAGGGAGAGAGAGAAAAAAGAGAGAGAAAAAGAGAUUGAAGCAAAGGAAGAUGGAGAGCGUUUUAUCGGAUCAGUCAGCCAGUGUGGAAGAACUGGUGGAAGCCUGCAUCAAAGCUUUCGAUGAUGAAGGAGUGCUAAAGGACGCCUCGGCGGUGCGGCUGUUCCUCAUGAUGCAUCCUUGGUACAUUUCCUCCACUGAUUUUGCCAAGAAACUCCUUCUGAAGUCUCAGAAUUGCUCUGCUGCUUGCUGCUCUCAGAUUUGUCAUCUUGUCAAGUACUGGAUGAGCGAGUUCCCAGCUGAGUUUGACCUGAACCCAGAGCUGGCUGAGCAGAUCCGCUGUCUGAAAGAACUGCUUGAGCAGAAUGGUGAUGUGAGGCGAAGUCUACUCAUAGACAUAGACAGUGUCCCAUCAUAUGAGUGGAAGCGGCAGCUGUCCUCAAGUAUUCAGAAGAAGAGUAAGACCUCUCUGCUAUUUGACCACUUGGACUCCUCGACCCUGGCUGAGCACCUGACCUACAUGGAGUACAAAUCCUUCUGCAAGAUCCUGUUCCAGGACUACCACAGCUUUGUGAUGCAGGGCUGCACUGUAGAUAACCCCAUCCUGGAGCGCUUCAUAACCCUCUUCAACAGGGUGUCACAGUGGAUACAAAUGAUGGUGCUCAGUAAACCUACAGCCCAGCAGAGAGCCACCGUCAUCUGUGACUUCAUUAAAGUGGCCCAGAGGUUGCUGGAGCUGCAGAACUUUAACACUCUAAUGGCAGUGGUAGGCGGUCUGAGUAACAGUUCCAUCUCAAGACUAAAAGACACUCAGGCUCUUAUUAGUAGUGAUGCUCGAAAGGUGUUUGAGGGCCUUGUGGAGUUGAUAACGUCCAGUGGGAACUACAGCCGCUAUCGACAGCGCUUUUCAGAGUGCACCGGCUUCCGUUUCCCCAUCCUGGGUGUGCACCUGAAAGACUUGAUCGCUGUUCACGUUGCCCUUCCGGACUGGGCUGACCCGGAGAAAACCCGAGUCAACCUCACCAAGACAAAUCAACUCUAUACCAUCCUGCAGGAGCUGGCACUGAUCCAGACCACACCACCUGAAAUUGAUGCCAACCCAGAUCUCCUCAACCUGCUCAUUGUGUCUCUGGACCAGUACAAUACAGAGGAAGAGAUCUAUCAGCUUUCGCUGCAGAGAGAACCACGCAGCCUAAAAUUAUCAGCAUCCAGCUCAAACCCACAAUCUCCUCUAAUAGAGGAGUGGGCAUCUUCAAUCAAACCCAAGGCUGAUCCAGUGAUCAUCAACAAACACAUAGAGAAGAUGGUGGAGUCUGUAUUUAAAAACUUUGACACGGAUGGGGAUGGCCACAUCACUCAAAAGGAGUUUGAAAGCAUCAGGAACAACUUUCCUUACCUCAGCAAGUUUGAUGACCUCGACCAAAACCAGGAUGGUAGAAUUAGCCGAGAGGAGAUGAUUAAGUAUUUCGCCAAGGCCAACUCCAUGCUGAAUUGUAAGAUGGGUUUUGUGCACACGUUCACUGCCAUGAACUGCUUCAAGCCCACAGUCUGCCAGCACUGCUCAGGCAUUAUGUGGGGAUUUUACAAGCAAAGAUACAAAUGCAAAGUGUGUGGUGUUAGCUGUCAUAAAGACUGCUGUGCUCGUCUGGCUGUUGAGUGUAGAAAACGGACAAAAAGUGUUAGCUUUGACAGCAACAUUCCACGUAUUAGCCGCUCUUUCAGCUUGCCUCCUUCUACUAGACAGAACUCCAAACCUCAGUGUGCAGUAAUCACAGAAGAGACUCAAGAGAAUCUAGACGAGGAGGUGUUUGAUGACUAUCUUUGAGAAGGAACACUCUGUGCCUGUAAAGCUGUAGAGCCCCGUUAUAUGACCCUGUCAUGGAAGACCACCAUAUCCUAAAACUGUGUGUUUGAAGUUAUUACACUUCCCAUGAUGAAUACUGCCACUCAUCUACCAUUCACUGGCCACUUUAAGACUUUAAGAUCUUCAACUGUGCAGUUUCAGUCCCUCCUGUAGCCUCUGAUUCCAGUUCUUGGCUGAUAGGACUGGAACCUGAUGAGGGCUUCUGUUGUUAUCUCAGGAUUUGGUAUGUUGAGCAUUCUAAGAUGCUUUUCUGCUCACCAUAGUACAGUGUGUCUGUUUGAGUUAGUUUCAGCACUUCCUUUCAGCAUGAACCAGUCUAGCCAUUCUUUUCUGACAAGGUGUUUCUACCUGCAGAGCUGCUGCUCCCUGGAUGUUUUUUCCCCUUUUUUGCACCAUUCUGUGUAAACUCUAGAGACUGUUGUUCAUGAAAAUCCCAAGAGAUUUUGGAAAUCACAACCAUGCCAUAAUCACUGAGAUCACUCAGAUCACAUUGUUUCCCAAUUCUGAUAUUUGAUGUGAACAUUAACUAAAGUUCUUGACCUGUAUCUGCAUGAUUUUGUGCAUGCACUACUGCCACGUGAUUGGCUGAUCGCAUAAUUGCAUGAAUGAAUAUGUGUACUGGUGUUUCUAUUAAAGUGGCCAGUGAGUGUACAAGUAAAUAAUAAAAAAUAAUUUAAAAAGACUUUAGUUUUUACUGAAAUGUUAUGAUUUGUGAUUAAAUGAAAUGUAUUCUUUGUGAGCUUAAUUAAAUUGCAGUCUCUGUUGUUUUCUAGUAAACAUUUUUUUUUUUCUUGAAACUAUAAGUUUGCUGGAUGAUCUGUUUUUGAUUUGGUUUUUCUUUUUUUCAAAUUAAAUUUUGACAAAGCCGCAUUUUAUUUCACUAAAAGAUGAUUUAAUCUGUGAAUUAACAGCCAGAAGGUCGCAUGAAUGACAUUUCCUACAGGUAUAAUGGCCCGCUAAUUGUUCUGUGUGACAGUAGGGGGCACUGUUGACACAGCUGGAUUUGUAUCUCUUCCAUGUCUUUGUAUAUACAUUUGAGUGAUCAUAAGGUACAUGUGAAUUGCUUCAAAUGUCUCAGUGAAUUUACAAGUGUUAACAUUAAAGGUUUGUUCUUUUUUCUGGUAUUAAA